AUGGCCGCCGAGCCCGAGUACGCGCAGCUCCAUGCGCGCUUCAUGCGCCUGCAGGCCGAGACGCAGCGCCUCGCCGCUGCCUACGCGCUCGCCGCCGAGCAGCUUGAGGAUCUCCAUACGGACAAGGCCAUCCUGACCGACAAGCUCGUCCGCAUCCGCGUCCGCCGGCGCAACCUCGUCCGCGCCGCCGAUGCGGAUCUCGGCGCGCUCAUGACCGCCAAGACGCUCUUCGUCCGCCACACGCGGCGCGCCAUGCGGAGGCAAUUCCCACUCGCCUCCCGCAACAAGAUAUCGCGGGCACUCGACGACGCAUGGGAUGCGCUACCGGCCGAUGCCCAAGAGGAAUGGCAACGCGACCUCAAGACAUAUGCUGAAAAGCCAGUGGCUCCACCGACGGCGCCACCGACCAAGCCCGUCGUCGCCAAAGCGGUCAAGAAGGAAGAGAAGGUCGACGGACCUUUGGUCGCUGCCAAGAAAGCUCCAUCCAAGUCGCGCGCCAAGCCGAAACCUGCCGCAGCGCCGAUCGCGACCGACGAGUCCAAGCCCAAGCCCGCGCCGCGCAAGCGCCCACCGCCCAAGAAGAAGGAUCCAUCGGCGGCGCCCGAGCCCAAGAAGCCGCGCAAGUCGCCACAGGUCAAGGCGCCGCGCAAGCCGACGGCCAAUGCGACGCCCAAGAAGACGCCGACAAAAAAAGCUAAAAAGGCCGACGCGCCACCGCCGCCGACCGUCCGACCGCUGGACUUGGACGACGGGUCGAGCGGCGGCAGCAGCGUUGCGCCAAGCGACGAAGACGACAGCGACGACAACAUGAUGCACUUGCCCAUGGGCGCGUUCGGGUAG